UGUUGAUUCUCCCAUACAGCAACACCAUAGAUACCGAAAACUGAAAUAUUGAAAAGAGUUUCAUUUUGCCACUUCUCCUUUCUUUCUCUUCUAUGGCUUCUUCUUCUUCGAAGGUAGCAACAUGGUUCCUCACGUUCCUCUUGUUCCUCACGUGCCUUCAACUUUCACCCUUGAAAUCCCCAUUUCACCCUCGAGACUUGCUUCCUCUUUUGCCCAAACAAAUUUCGUGGCCAAUUCUCAACUCCCUUCAUACCGCUGUUGAUCUUCUACCUGUCUUCGUCGGUGCUGCUUCUUCUCCAGACAACACCUUCGAUUGGAAAGGUGCUUGCUUUUACAACAACAAAGCUUGGAUUGUUUUUCAUAAUAAAACUGGUUCUCAAUUUGGUGGUGGUACCCUUCACUUAAAGGUUAGCAAUGCUCAUAGCUGGACGUGUUUAGAUAUCUACAUUUUUGCUACCCCAUAUCGCGUAACAUGGGAUUAUUAUUUUCUGGCCCGUGAACAUACAUUGGAGAUCGAUGAAUGGGAAGGGAGGGCUGAGUAUGAGUAUGUAAAAAAUCACGGGAUGUCGAUUUUCCUCAUGAAAUCUGGGAUGUUGGGGACCCUUCAAGCACUUUGGGAGGUCUUCCCUUUAUUUACAAAUACCGGAUGGGGCGAGAAGUCAAAUAUCGGGUUUUUGGAGAAACAUAUGGGAGCCUCUUUUGAAGAACGUCCUCAGCCUUGGGUUACAAAUAUCACUGUUGAUGACAUCCACUCUGGAGAUUUCCUUGCCAUAUCAAAAAUUCGAGGUCGCUGGGGUGCUUUUGAGAGUCUAGAGAAAUGGGUUAGUGGAGCGUAUGCUGGUCACACUGCUGUUUGCUUAAGAGAUUCAGAUGGAAAGCUUUGGGUUGGAGAGUCAGGUCAUGAAAAUGAAAAGGGAGAAGAUAUAAUUGCUAUGAUUCCGUGGGAUGAGUGGUGGGAAUUUGAGCUGAAUAAAGAUGAUUCCAAUCCCCAUAUUGCACUUCUACCUUUAAACCCUGACAUGCGUGCCAGGUUUAACGAGACUGCUGCAUGGGAGUAUGCACUGAGUAUGGAUGGGCAGCCAUAUGGUUACCAUAACAUGAUUUUCAGUUGGAUAGACACUUUAAGUGGGAACUAUCCACCCCCCUUGGAUGCUAAUGUGGUUGCUUGUGUUAUGACAAUUUGGAGUCAACUCCAACCUGAAUAUGCUGCAAAUAUGUGGAAUGAAGCCUUGAACAAACGACUUGGAACUAAAGGACUCGAUCUUUCAGAAGUUUUAGUAGAAGUCGAAAGGCGUGGAUCAUCUUUUGAUGAACUACUGACGAUUCCAGAACAGGAUGACUGGCUCUACAGUGAUGGCAAAUCAACUUCUUGUGUUGCUUUUAUACUUGCAAUGUACAAGGCGGCAGGAUUGUUUGAUCCAAUUGCUAGUUCUAUCCAAGUGACAGAGUUUACGAUAAAAGAUGCUUACAUUCUCAAUUUUUUUGAGAACAAUGCUAGUCGCUUGCCAACAUGGUGCAACGAUGGAGACACGGUUAAGCUUCCUUAUUGUCAAAUUAAAGGCAAGUAUCGAAUGGAGUUACCUGGUUACAACACCAUGCAACCAUAUCCUCACAUGAAUGAAAGGUGCCCAUCUCUUCCCACAAAGUACUCCAGAACCAAGAGUUGCUAGUAGUCUUCGAUUCUUUCCUCCUAUCCAUGGAAUGAUUGCUUCACCAGAUGAAUUCUUCCUAUAGAUUUUGGGAUUCUUUAGGUGAUUCCAAAUGAACAAUUGAUGUUUAUAUCCAUUUGAUUUCAUAGAAAAGUACAACAGAUUCACCAUUGUAUAUGUUCUCACAACUUAUAUUCGAUUAUUCAUGUAAUUUGGAUUAUAUUACUAGCUAGAUUGCAGAUUAUGUACAUAGAUGGAACAACUUGGAUUCGGUAUAUCAUGCAAUGUAAUAUAAGACCCUAAUUUUAAUUUGGGAUAGGAUUGAAUUCUCCCUUGAAUGACUCAGGCCGAGUUGAAUCACUAGGCGUGGGCAACUAAA